CCAGCUAAGAGAAACUGAAACUUAAGUCCCGUUCAGUUUGUACACGUCUCUCUCUCUGUGUGUUUGUCUAAAAAUGGCAGAAGCCAGUAUUUCUGUGGCUCAGGAUCAGUUCAAUUGUUCAAUCUGUCUGGAUCUACUGAAGAAUCCAGUGACUAUUCCCUGUGGACACAGUUACUGUAUGGACUGUAUUACAAACUGCUGGAAUCAGGAAGAUCAGAAGAGAAUCUACAGCUGUCCUCAAUGCAGACAAACCUUCACAACAAGACCUGUUUUAAACAAGAAUGUGGUGUUUGCUGAAAUGGUGGAGAAACUGAAGAAUACAAGACUUCGAUCCUCUCAUGUUUCUGCUCAUUGUUACGCUGGAUCUGGAGAUGUGGAGUGUGAUGUCUGUACUGAGAGAAAACUGAAAGCAGUCAAGUCUUGUCUAGUGUGUCUGAACUCUUACUGUCAAAAUCAUCUCGACCAGCAUGAGAAUUUCUUUAAAAGUAAAAAACACAAAGUGAUUGAUGCCACUGGACGACUACAAGAAAUGAUCUGCAGAAAACAUGAUAAACAACUGGAGAUCUACUGUCGUACUGAUGAUCAAUGCAUUUGUUAUUUGUGUACGAUGGAUGAACACAAAAACCACGACACUGUGACAGCUGUGGCAGAGAAAACAAGGAAACAGACACUUUUGUUAGAGACACAAAGAAAGUUUCAAGAGAGAAUUCAGGAGAGAGAGAAGGAUCUUCAGGAGUUGAGACAGGCUGUGGACUCUCAUAAGCGCUCUGCACAGACAGCAGUGGAGGACAGUGAGAGGAUCUUUACUCAACUCAUCCGCUCCAUAGAGAGAAGACGCUCUGAGGUGACACAACUGAUCAGAGAUCAGGAAAAGACUGUAGUGAGUCGAGCUGAAGGAGUCUUGAAGCGUCUGGAGCAGGAGAUUGAUGAUCUGAGGAGGAGAGACACUGAACUGAAGCAGUUUUUACACACAGAUGAUCACAUUCAUUUCCUGCAGAGUUUCAAGUGUUUCUCUGUGACUCCUGAAUCUUCAGAUGUUUCCAGCAUUACUGUCAGUUCUCAACUCUCUUUUGAUGAAGUGAGAAAAUCUGUUUCUAAACUAAAAGAAAAACUGGAGGAUUUCUGCAAAGAAGAGAUUGAAAAUAUAUCUGGUGGAGUAACAUACACUGAAAUCAUUGCUUACAAAGAACCAAAGACGAGAGAAGAGUUCCUGCAAUAUUCCAGUCUGUUCUCUCUGGAUCCAAACACAGCUAAUAAAAUCAUCAGUCUGUCUGAGAACAACAGUGUGGCUACAUGCACUAAUACAGUCCAGCAGUAUCCUGAUCAUCCAGACAGAUUUGAUCACUGGCUGCAGGUGUUGUGUAGAGAGAGUGUGUGUGGACGCUGUUACUGGGAGGUUGAGAGGAGCGGUGUGAUGGGUAUAUCAGUGUCAUAUAAGAACAUUAAGAGGAAGGGAGAGGGUUAUGAGUGUUUGUUUGGAUUUAAUGAUCAGUCCUGGAGAUUGUACUGCACUGACUCCACAUGCUCAUUCAAACACAAUAGGAAACAGACUAAUCUCCCUGUAGUGUCCAGCUCAUGUAGAAUAGGAGUGUAUGUGGAUCACAGAGCAGGAAUUUUGUCCUUCUACAGCGUCUCUGACACAAUGACCCUCAUCCACAGAGUCCAGACCACAUUCACUCAACCUCUCCAUGCUGGGUUUUGGAUCAAUCCACACUCAACAGUGAAACUUUGUAGUCUAACAGGAUAAAAGAAACAGAGAUUUUAUUUUGAUCCACAUGAUUAAUUAGUAACAGUGAUAUGUUAAAAGUAUUUUAUUGUCUAAUAAACCAUAAAUCCUUUUAAUGAAA